AUGGGAAAUUCAAAGUUACAUACAAAGUCGUCUACUAGGCUUUCUACGUCAUCCACGUCCACAUCCAAAAAAUCAGUUACCACGACGACCACGAAAUCAAAACCUAAAGUAGUUCAAAAAUCCUUAACUAAUAAAGAUUUAAAAGUUACAACGACCGCGAAAACUUUGACGACAAAGAAUCUAUCCUCUUCAAGGGUAUCAUCCGUCAAAGCUACACCUACGUCCACCACUAAAACCACCCCAAGAGAUACCAAAUCUUCGAAAAAUUUAAGUUCAUCAUCUACGAUAAAGACGACGAAUAAAACUACAAAAUCAUCUACGUUAACUAAGAAGAAAUUAAAAGAAAAGCAACAACAAGGGAAUGUUACAACAAACGCUUCAUUAGAUUUGGAAAUUUCAGAUGAAGCAAAAGAUAGUCCUAUAUGCUCCGAAAUAAAUAGUGUCAUGAAUGAAUUAGAAAAAUUCCGUACAAGUUUACAUGAAAUUGGAAGGGUACAAGAAAAGAAGAAUGAAAUCGUUUCGUCGUCUAAACAUUCAAAUCAUAAUAAAAAAAUAUCUUCCGGUUCGCUUCAAAAAUUACUCUUGGCGGAUGGUAUGUCGAAUCAGGAUGAAAUAGUUUUGCAAGCUCACAAUCAAUUAUCAGCGGUCAGACAACAUAUAACUUCAAUAAUGGAUAAUUACGAAUCUUUGGAUGAAAAUUUAUUAACCGUCAUUAUGACUUAUAAUGAAGAAGUUAAUAUAGCUUUGCAAGAAGCAUUGCAAGAAGUACCAAAAUUAUAUCUAUCACAAUCUCAAUCACAACCUCCUUCCCCUUCAUUAUCUUUUUCCUCUCAAUUCUCUUCGCAUGAUGACACCAAUUCUACUCAACAGUUUAUUGAGGCUCAAAAAAUACAAAUACAAUUUCUUGAACAAGCUAAUUUUAAUAAUGUCUUUCAAUUAACUAAUGAUAUAAAGAAAUAUGAUUUGUAUGAGAAAAAUGAAAAAUAUUCUAAAGUUUUAAUAUGUCAUUCAUUACAAAGACUAUUAUUAGAGACAGUUUUGGAAAAUUCCGAUAUUUAUUUUACGGGUUCAUUACAAAAUUUUCAACCUCAAAAUUUAUCCUCCAUUACAAAUGAUUUCGAUGAGGAGAGUUACGGUCAUAAUAAUCCCUCUCUCUUUCAAAAAGUAACUAAAAUCAAUCCUGAAGUUUAUGCGGUUUUGGGUUCAAAUUGUUUCGAUGGAUUUGAACAUCCUUUCAUCGAAUUUGUAGGAGAAAAAUUGGUUGAAAUAAUUGAAAAAUACUUUGAGGUUAAACAUGAUUCAAUUACGGGAAACAAACUUAAUUUGGUCAAUUUAGCUAAUGAAUUAGUUUAUGAUAUUAUAAAUGUUUUUUAUUUUAGAAUGCAAGCACAAGAGCCUACUGCUCAAUAUCAAUGGAUUGAAAACGAAAAGUCAUUGGAUCCGCAUCUCAUGUCCAUUGUAAAUUAUAGUACUUAUUGUAAUAAUAAUUUUUCUUUACCGGGUGAUUAUGAAAAUUGUGAACAUAAACUUUGCGAAGAGGAAUUCGAUGUGGUGGGAGUUUGUUCCUUUCCAGCGAUAGGUAAAAGAUUAAAAUGUCAAGAAAAAUUAGAAAUUUACACCAAGGCAAAAGUUUUACCUUAUUCUCAACUAAAUCAUGAAAUAAAGUAG